UGCUCCAGGCAUGUUUUUAAAGUAGUGUCUGGACUGGAGACUGUAAAAAUGUAGCUGUUUAUCAUAACAGUCUCAGACCUUGAAAUGUAGCUAAAGCUAUUUUUUUCUUUUUCUUCUCGUAUUAGGUUCAAGAUUGUUUAAAGCUCCACUGUGUGCAAGUGUGAGGCAACAUGUGAUGUAAAAAGUACAGUGAGGCAGCAUGUAGAAAGGCAGUGCCAAAAAGAAAUCUCUGAACACACAUGCUCACAUAGUUGCGCGCAUGCAAACCAGCAGAAAUGUCCAAACGCCUCAAAACUCCCACUGACCUUGUCGACUCUCUGAUAUCUUUCCCUCGUUCGGUUUCAUUAUCACUGUGUUUCGUAUUUUUGUCACGGGAUUUCUUUUCGCACAUUUCCACAGUCGAGAAUCUUAGCUCCAUUUGUCCGAUAACGGCUUUGUUCACAUGUUCUGAUUUAAUGAAGUCGCAUACAAGACGGUGUGAUGCACUCCUUUCAUACUCGUAAAGGCUGUUUCACACUCUUAAUGAUUGUGGGGCUGAUUUUAGAAUUACGAUUUGCCAGCCGAACUUUCGGAGUUGGACCGAGGCCAUUAUAGUCUGGGCCAGUUGGUGCUGUCCACCUUGGAGCCACCCAAACCUGGGGGGGGGGGGUGGUUUGGUUUGCUUAGUGACGUCAUCACAGCUACAACUAAACACUACUACAUUGAGUGCAUAUUCAUGGUACAUUUUCCCUGAAUAACCACGCUGUACAUCGUGUCCCGCUGCUUCUCACGGCCUGUGUCUUUUUAUCUUAACGCUCUUUGUCUCGUGAUUUCUUGCUAUCAACUUCUUGCGUCUGAAAUGGGAUGUUCAAGGCUGUGUUUCUGUCUGCGCCGGUGUCUGUCAGUGCUUUGGUCUGCAUGUGACUGUUUCUCAAGGUAACAUUUCCAUGGAAAAAACUAAAGUAACGGCCAUAGCUCUUGCGUGCAUGCACAUACAGACGGUCUUAUUUACUUACAUUUAACUAAUUGUAUUCAUUUCAAUUUUUAUUUUAUUUUUCAGCCACAGGAAUGCCUGAGGGUGUAUGACUUUGAAGGACAAGAGGGAGAGAGUGUUUUCAGUCCCAAACAAAUGUUCAGUUCAUCUGAGUUUAAACGGGUUCAAGGGAGACUGUGCAGAGCACAAAUAGUGAAGGGAUAAGUUUGUUUGGAUGAGUUCUGCAUAUAGUUGAUGAUCAUACAGGGGUGCUGGCUUUAUUUCUCCUGAACUUUCUUUUCUUUUUGCAUCUGACAUUUCUUCCAAACAUCUUACAAAAACGUCCCAAAAAACGAGUUCUUCGGGCCUCUAUCAGAAAAUCUAGUUGUGUUUAAGCCCAAAACUGAUAGUCACCCAGACAGCAGAAUUCAGAACAAAUAAAUCCAAACAAACCCGCUGAAGUUUUUAUACGGUGGUAAAGCUUUUUUGAAGGGUGGCUGUAUUUAUAUUCUUUUCUUCUUUUUUUAUUUUACUCCCCUUGUUCGGUGUACCUGGCAACAAGAUUACAUGGAAACGCAAUUAGUGCGGAAACAGUUAGACAAUUAAUGGAUUAGUUUAUUAGAAUCUAUGGAAUCCUUUCAAAUUAAAAAAAAAAUUGCAUGCGUCAAGUCUCUCAAAAGGGAGAAUUUCUUGCCGUUUUCUGUCAUCUUCACCAUUGAACUUUUGAGCACCUUCAGGUUUUGGCUAAAACUAUGAAAAUGCCUGGAACAUCUUUAAUGGUGUCUUUUGCUACUUUUCAUUAUUGUAUAGAUCAAACAAUUAGCCAAAUCAUUGAACUAAAUAAUUAUGUGUAGUCCCACUCACAAUAAAAAUAAAUGUAAAAAAAAAAAGUAUUUAAUAAAGUAUUAAAUAUUUUGCGCUGCACACAAUUUCGAUGCUCCUAUCAUCUUUUUAAAAUGCAAAGUCUGUCCAGAGAGCUCAAGUGUGGUGAAGGUAUGACUGACUGUUCCCACUGGCCUGAUCAUGAGAUCAUGUCCGUGAACUCAAAGCCCCACAGUCGUUCACACAAAUAUCCUAUUGGUCUGCCGUCGGUGUGGCGGCGUGUGGAGCAGAGUGAGCGAGUGUGCAAGUGAGCUCUGAGCGGAAGGAGGAGGGGCUUUUAGGCUCCACAACAACACCGGCGCGAGUGAGACAGAAGAGGGGAGAGAGAAUGCGGCAGAAGGAGGGCGCAGACCGUCAGUGGCCGACUCUGGGAGAAAGGAGAUAGAGACGGACUCCCACUUCUUCUUUUUUUUUCUGGCUUUCCCCUGCUUCCUUCUCUUGCACUUGCUUUUGUCUUUUCUUUAACACCCCUUUGCUCUUGGUCUUUCUGUCCCGUCCUGUUCUUCGCCGCUGCCGAUUCUGUCUCUCUUUACUCUUCUGUCCUACAUUCUGACUUGCUACUCUCUUGUCUUUCUGUGCGUCCUCACCUCUACCUUCUCGCUACCUCCACUUCAUGAGUUUCACCCCCCUCUUUACUUUGAUCUUUCAUUUCCUUGCACCUCCUUGUCCUGCAUCUAUCUGCUGUCUCUUGGCGUGAGGAUGCCGGUGCUAGAGGGGCUCUGGGGUCCACAUCUCAGGAUGCGGGACGCCGGUCUCGGCGUUGCGGUCGAAGCCGGCGUCUGUCCGGAUGAGGCUCCUCACUCGCCGGUCUGGGGUCCGCUCAGGACGCCUCCUAUUACCUGUGGAGGCUUGUCGCUGGCCCUGGAGCUUCCGGCGCUCAUACGGCAGCUCAGGGCGGCGUGGAGGGCUCGCAAGGGAGGCCCCCGGGGGCCCGAGAGGAGUCAGGCCAGUACUUGGGUGGAUUCAGACAAGGAAGAGGUAGAGGAGGUGAAGCAUGACUUAGAGGACCGGAGCGCUCAUCUGGAAGCCGAUGGCAGACUGAACACCGGUCAUGCUGGCGUGUUGCUGGUCGAGAGACGAGGCUCCUACCCGCUGAUUGACCUGCGAAUCCUCAAAACCAGUGCCCAGCACGGAGAGGUAGAGGCCGGCAGGAGGAAGGUGAAGCGUCAGCUGAGCUUUCAGAGAUACUGCCACGCCUCCAGGCUGCUCAGGGGUUCGGUGCCCCACACCCCCGGGUCACUACACCUACUGGACGACGAUUACCUGGGACAAGCUGCACACAUGCUAUCAAAAGUAGGCACAUGGAACUUUGACAUUUUCCUCUUCGAUCGUCUGACAAAUGGCCACAGCCUGGUGACUCUGAUGUGCCAUCUCUUCAAUGUCUACGGUCUCGUUCACCACUUCCAGCUGGACAUGGUCAAACUGCACAGGUUCCUUGGCAUGGUGCAGGAGGACUACCACUCCCAGAAUCCCUAUCACAAUGCUGUUCAUGCUGCUGAUGUCACUCAAGCCAUGUACUGCUACCUGAAGGAGCCCAAGCUGGCAGAGCAGCUGAGUCCCCUGGAUGUGUUUCUGGGUCUGAUGGCCGCAGCCGCCCACGACGUGGACCACCCUGGAGUCAACCAGCCCUUCCUCAUUAAGACCAGACACCACCUGGCGUCCCUCUACCAGAACACGUCUGUGCUGGAGAGUCACCACUGGAGAUCCACCGUGGGCAUGCUGCGAGAGUCACGACUGCUGUCCCACCUGCCUGCCGACGUCUCGCAGGACAUGGAACAGCGGCUGGGCUCUCUCAUCCUCGCCACGGACAUCAGCAGGCAGAAUGAGUUCCUGUCGACCUUCAGAGAACAUCUGGAUAACCAGGACCUGGACCUUCAGCUGGCCUCCCACAGGCACUUUAUACUGCAGAUUGCUCUGAAGUGUGCAGACGUCUGUAAUCCGUGUCGGGUUUGGGAGAUGAGCAGACAGUGGAGUGAGAGAGUGUGUGAGGAAUUCUACAGGCAGGGUGACCUGGAGAGAAAGUUUGACAUGGAGAUUAGUCCUCUGUGUAACCAGCAGGCUGAUUCUGUCCCAGCCAUUCAGACAGGGUUCAUCUCCUACAUCGUGGAGCCUCUGUUUGAGGAGUGGCACCGCUUCACCGAGCCCAGCCCCCUGAGUCGGACCAUGAUGGGCCACCUGCACAAGAACAAGGCCCGCUGGAGCCGCCUGCGACACGCACACACACCCUCAGACACACAAACACACUCACAGGCCGAGGAGCCCGAGCCUGAAGGAGGAGGAGGAGAAGGAGAGGGGGAAGACAUCCCUUAAUCCUCCUCUGGUUUCUUGAGGCGUUUGAUCUUCCUUUUGUCCUCCCAGCAUAUUUUCUCCCACUGCUGGUUGUUCACAGGCUCUGAAAGUGGGACCGCUGGAUGGGAGUCUGGCUUCACUUCAUGACAAACAGCUCCCUCUGCUGGAAUGGAGGACUGUAGCACUGCAGACGGCGAGAGACUGAUGUUUGGGCAGUGGAUGGAUAAUCUUAGUAAAUGCCAAUUUGACAAAAUCAUGCCUUGCUCCAGUGAUAUCUGCUUCAAAGUAUCUGAGAAAGGCAGGAAUUGAUAGUUUAUAUCUGAUGAGGGAUCAAUGAAGAAGUGUUUGCACAGUGCUGCUAGAACAAUAAAGAAAUUACAAAAGCCAAAAUGAUAAAAACAAGUCAGCUGGACUGAGCUGGAAGAGAUGACAUAAAAAUAUAUGAAAUAAAAAGAGGAAUAUAUGAAUAUAUCUACUAUACUAUGCUUUUUAAACGCUUCGACAUUACACACUCUAUUAAGCCCUUUUCACGUUUCCUCUUUUUGUACAGCUUAUUGGAUGUUCUUUUCUACAAGUGUCUAGCUUGUCUACUUUUCACUGAAGAGCAUUUUUAACUCUAAUGUCACUGUACUGUACGACGUAUUCUGUAACCUGUGAGCCUCACUGACUAGUCGGACCGAUACGAUACGGGUCCCCGAGUUGCUUGAUGUCAACCGUCGGCUGGAUGUUUUUGACCUCGCCGAAUCGCAAACCGGAGCCCUUUUUUCUUUUCUUUUUUCUCAAGUGUUUGUGUUGUUGGUGUCAUGUUAUUUACAGUGUCGUCUGUACACACUGUGAUGUACAACCUCAGCACUUCACAUGCCAAAAUCUCAGCAAUGUAUUCACCUUUUUACUGGGUAUGGAUUUUGGGAAAUGUAACUCUUUUUUUUUUUUGUAACAACGGCUCAAUGGGUGCAUUUAUUUAUCUGACGAACUCACUGUACAAGCUCAUAUACAACAAAGCCUUAACAGCAACGUGGUCCGGCUGUGGAACACGUUUAGUAAUGGUGGUGUCACCAUUUUCUGGACACGUUUCUUACACUUGGAGUUGUUUUUCUUCAGCCACCAGCACACUGAAAUACUCUCUCAGUACUGAAGCCGCUUGCUUCCUGUUUGAACCUUCACCCAGUUUAAGGGUCCCUUUGGGUGUCACACCCAGUGAGCGUUUCCAAGGUGCCAUUGUCCUGUCCUGACUCAUCAACUCGCGGCUCUGUUUCCGCUCUAUGGCUUUUAUAUUCGCUUGUUUUUUUACAUUUGCUGCAGGAAGUGUGUACACUGCAUCGUAGGUCACGUACAGACUUGGCUCAAUUAGUGAAUGCAAUCUUUAAUUAUAAUAUUUAAAAUACCCUGCAGUGAGUAUGAAGACAAUUAAGAAAACCAUAUACCAUCAUUCAUUGUAUGUAUUUUAAAAUAUGUAUUAUAUACUUAUAUUAUUAUUAUUAUAUAUAAUAAUAUAUAAUUGUAUAAUAAUAUACAAUUCAUUCUAAAAUGGUACUUGUAGAUCUAUUAUCUCAAUGGUGAAACUGAGCUAAAACAAAGCAGAAUUACUAGUUGGUCCAUUUGUAAGAUGCACCGCUUUAAAAAAAAAAAGUAUUACCACUUAGCUCUCAACAUGUAUAUUUAAGAUUUAUUGUACACCUCGCUAAAAGAAGCCCCACGUCUUCCCUUAACUAUAGAGGAAAUAACUUGAAACAGCCCAGUCAACACACUAUAUUCUACAUACAAUAUAAUCUAUAAAAUUAUAUUCCAAAAUGACAAGUUAUGGUCAUAAAAAAUGUAAAAACAUUGAAUUUGUUUGUCAGUUUUAAAGCCUUUUCUAUGAGGGGCAGUGCAAUAAAGUUGGUUAUUGCGAGUUGUAAGAAAGUGGUCAUAUUCGUAACGAUACUUUUAAUAGACAUAAGUAAAGUAUUAAUGUCUGCUCUUCACAUCUGUGAUGGGGAAGCACCAGACUCGAGUACCAGCGGUUACUACGAAUGAACUCGGUACUCUCUCUGUGUACUACCUAAAAUAGAAGUACUCCAUUAUGUGUCAAUCACUCAUUGUCGUCCAGACGGGACUCUUGUGUUUUAAUACCUCUCAGAAACUGAUACAGGCUCACUGAGCCGUACAGGUUUCACAAAGAUUAGCAUAAUAAAUAGAAAAAAUCAGCUUCUAGGAUAAGAUUGCACUAAAAAUGGGCAACAUUCAAAUACCAAUAUGUUUGGAAACUUUAGAUCAUUUAUACAUGUGCAUUAAAGUGGGGGUAUGUUUUCCCUCUUGUACUCCCUUAAGGGGUCACACAUGUUCAAAAGUAACCACUCGGUUCAAUCAACUAAUUCUGUCUUCCAGUUCCUCCCCAGACCCCAUAAUUUACGCCUGAUGGUCUAAACAUUUGUUUGUCCUUGUGCCCAAUGCUCAGAAGAGAGUAAACAAUCCUUUUCUCUUUCUGCCAAAGUGGGUUUGAGCCGAUCGUGUUCUGCUUUUACUGCGAGACGUUCAAAAGCAGUUUUUCCUCUGCAUUCUCUUCACUUGUUUUACUAAUUUAUUCGCUCAUGUUUUUGGAGCUUUUAAUCACGUUACAUGCGCUUCAUCAGCAGCUUGGAUUGUGCCCACUUGUCUUUGUAUUGAAUGUGUACAGCUACCGUACAUGCUCGUUACUUUAGGGACAGAUCUCUUAUACUAAUCUUUAAUAAUUAUCAUUUUGAAUGAAAUCACUUUAAUGGGGAUUUCCAAAAGUAAUACUAUACUGGUGAGUUAUCAGAGAUGUUUGCCAUCUGACGUUUUGACUGUACAUUUCUGUUCUGACAACCAAACUCUGAGCACUGUGAGCAAUAAAAUAAAUGUGUUUCAAUCAA